GCCUGCACUACACUAACGUCCUGGCAAGCUGGAGAAGAAUGGACACGUUGAUAUGUCGAGAAACUUACGGAUCUAAGUCAGAUCCAAGAGACUAUUUGUGUAAAAAUGAUGGCACAAUAUCAGAGUCACGAUCUGGUAACAGAGGGCUGUCAUCUAUUCUGCACUUCUUACGGGUUGUAUUUCUACCGCAAGGGUAUCCAGACAGUGUGAGCAAGGACUACCUAGAAUACCAGAUAUGGGACACUGUACAGGCUUUCAGUAGCAGCAUCACAGGGACCCUGUCAACCCAUGCCAUGCUGAAGGGUGUAGGAGUAGGAGAUGAGUCUGCCUCCGCCGCUGCUGCUACCAUCACAUGGCUACUCAGGGAUGGCACAAGUAUGACUGGCAGAAUCGCAUUUGCUUGGUACCAAGGGUCAAGCCUGGAUAGUGAUGCAAAAAGAUGGAGAUUGUUUGCAGACAUCAUGAAUGAUGCGGCAAUGUGUAUAGAGCUUGUCUCUGUUUUCUUUCCGCAGUACUUUGUCAUCAUUGCAUGUGUGUCAUCACUUUUCAAAUCGAUGGUAGGGGUCGCCGGGGGCGCAACGAGAGCCGCUCUCACCAUGCAUCAGGCUCGGAGGAACAACAUGGCUGAUGUGUCUGCUAAGGAUGGUAGCCAGGAAACAUUGGUGAAUUUAGCAGCUCUUUUUGUAGGCCUCAUCAUAACUCCAAUAGCUUCAAAAAACAUUCUGCUGACAUGGUCUCUUUUCUUUCUCUGCACCUGUCUCCAUCUCUACGCCAAUUACCGGGCGGUGACGUGCGUCGUCAUGGAAACGCUGAAUCAGAACAGGUUCCACAUCCUGGUCCAGGACUACCUCCACAGUUCUCAGUUCAGCAUGUCUGGACCUGAUGCCGUGAAUAGUAGAGAACCUGUUAUAUGGAGGCUCUCAAGACCUCUAAAGCUUAAUCUUGGUGUGCCAUUCCGUACAGUAGCCCAAAGCAUGAGGGACCUUGAGAUGUGCUUACAAAGCAAUGGACAAGAAAAGUUUUGUUGAGUUUUGAC